AUGGAACAUCAAUCUGAUAUGGGCGCUUACGGAGAGAAUCCAAAUGUCCAGAACAGUGGAAAUUAUAUUACAAUAAUACCUGUAGAUUAUUCCAGGCGUGGAUAUCCCAUGCAAGCUGAAUAUCAAUACAAUGAAUUUCGCUCCCGUGAAGAAUACUACAGCGUCCAAAGUCAGAAGUUACAGGCUGAAGUGAACGCGCACCUGUACUCCGUAUCCCAGAGAUUGCCCCACCUGUCUUACAGUCCACUAGGCCGGCACAGUGACUGGGACAAACAUGACCCACACAAACCUUUACAGCCGGACUCCAAAGAGAGCAAUAGUUCUGAUUCCCUUGAGAAAAGUGUUAUGGGAUCCAACCUCAGCAGUUGUUCCAACCAGACUGGGUCGAGCAGUAUCGCAGCGGGUUCUUUCAGUACCACGGAACCUAUUACCAGCGGCGGCAGUUCUUCCAGCGCUAUAUCUCCACCAUUACCAGGUUCAUCAGGCAGUACAGCCUCAUCAUCAACAGUUUCCUCGAACCCCGUCACCUGUAUCUACCUGAUGUCCCGUACCGCAAUCAUGAUGGAGAUGAGCUCUGAAGAAAUACCAUCACAUGUGACAGCAGCUCGGUUCCUUAAUGCCCUGCUGGCUACUGAGGAGUUAGGGCUCUCGCAGCCGAGCACUAGAAGUUUAGCUGCUAACGUUUUUGCUUUGUGGAUGUGCAGUCCUUUGUUAGAAAUUCAGUUAAAACCUCAUCAUUGCCCGUGGAGGUUCUGGGCAAACUGGCAGAAGUUGGUACAUCGUUACGGUCACGCUUCAGAGUCGAGACUCAACCGUGACCAGCCCGUGUUACGACUACAGAGGAACGUGUUCUUUCCCAAACAUUUAGAAGAAGGAAUUAAGGACUCACGAAUUCAAGAGUUGCUGUACGAAGAAGCUCGUCACAACGUCGUUACUGGAAGGUAUCCUCUUGAGAGUGCUCAAGCAGUCAUGCUGGGAGGACUACAAGCUAGGAUACAGCUGGGACCGUACGACCCACAUCGACACACGGCGAGAUUUUUCAGGGCACAACAGGACAAAUAUUUACCGAAGCACGCGCGGUCAGGUCGCUGGGCCGCAUUACUGCCAGCUGGUCGGAAGGGAAGUCCAGAAGCUCGGCUGCUGGAGCAAGCACAGCGUCCACCUGCAGCACCGCCUCGCAAACUGCGACACAAGUACCUCGCGCAUACAAGGACACUGCCUACCUAUGGGGCUGCGUUCUUCCAAGGUCAGAUUGAGCAGCCAGUACGGAGUCUGACGAGUUUGCUCACACACGAGGACAUCCCAGUACUCGUUGCUGUAAACUCCAACGGAGUCUACGUCAUCGAUGAUACUGAAAGCACGGUCUUACUGGGGCUUCUCUACGAAGAGUUGUCCUGGGACUUUGGAUUGCCUUCAGACGACGGCGAGGACUGCUUACCUUGCCUGUUCCUGCAGUUUAUGGUGGUGGAAAACGGACUGCGCGUCUCCAAAAUUUUACAGGUAUUUUCAAAGCAAGCUAUAAUGAUGGACACUUUGAUUGAACAUUUUGCGGGCGAGUACCGCAAGAGGCUCGGCCAGGAGACGCCCAGCGACCACGCCAACUACGACUACCAUUCCGAUUCCGGUAGCAUAUCCCUUCCUCCACUAUCGAGGCCGGAUUCUCCCCAACGAAGACUCGCCAACAAGUUAUCUCGCUUAGCCUUGGCUACUCAUGACGGCAGAGGCAAUUUGCUAGGUGGAGCUGGAGACUGGAACACAGACCUGAAUUAUCCACGGCCUUCUUGGAUAUUACCCAAGCAUUAG